GCUUGAACUCGCUUCAGUCCACUGGAAGCGAGUGCGCUUGCGCGGACCGGGUCACUCGUACGACGUCCCUCCAAACGAACGCGGGAAAUUCAAACUAAUCCAUAUUCGAAUUAAUCUUUUUUUCUUUUGUUUUUUUUUUCUGGACUAAGACUGUGACGUAUACGUCUUGUGAUUGUUGUGUGCGUUGCGGAUAUUUAUUUACGGGCAUGCAGUAGAGAUGGGGAUGUUAAACUUAAGAUCGCUGCUUAUAGCAGCCAUCGUAAUAUGUAAUUGUAUCCCGUGGAUCACAUCAAGACAUCAUUUUAAACACAAUGUAAACGGUCACCGGAGCAGACACAGGCGGCAAGGCGCCGGGCUGUAUCUGCCGGCCUCGUAUGUCAUCCCCGGUGGAGAGGGCGAGGGCCCAUGGUCAGUGUGGGGCGAGGUGUCGCCCUGCUCGCGCACGUGCGGCGGAGGAGUCGCGCGGCAGAAGAGGAUAUGCCUCGGCAGUAACAAUCGUUCAGACGGUCAGCCCCAGUGCACGGGAGGAGACACCAAAUACUUCUCUUGCCAGACACAAGACUGUCCAGACGGUGCCGGGGACUACAGAUCCGAGCAGUGCGCCGAGUAUAACGACAAAUUGUUUAAGGGCAAUAAAUAUUGGUGGGUACCUUAUACAAAGUCCCCGAACCCCUGUGAACUCAACUGCAUGCCUCACGGCGAGAGGUUCUAUUACCGACAGCAGCCCAAGGUUGUGGACGGUACGCGGUGCAACGAUGAAUCCUUCGAUGUCUGCGUAGAUGGCGUGUGUCAGCCCGUUGGUUGUGAUAUGAUGCUGGGCUCAAACGCGCGAGAGGACAAAUGCAGACAAUGUCGGGGCAACGGCACUAACUGUCACACUUAUAAGUCAAUCAUUGACAGCAUAGAAUUUAGAUUAGGUUACAACGAUGUUCUUUUAAUACCACAAGGAGCUACCAAUAUAAUAAUAUCAGAAGUGAGAGCGUCUAGUAAUUACUUAGCUUUGAGAGCGAAGUCAGAUAAUGUGUAUUACCUGAACGGGGAGUACCAUAUCGACUUCCCCAGAAGCUUAAUGAUCGCGGGCACGCUGUGGCAUUACGAGAGAAGUCAGCAAGGACUCGCUGCGCCCGACAAGUUGAGAUGUCUCGGCCCUACUACUGAACCUCUGUACCUUUCUAUUUUAUUGCAAGAGGAGAACGUGGGCAUUGAAUAUGAGUACAGCGUGCCGUCUUCACUAGCGCCGCCUCCCAACCAGACCUACAACUGGGUGUUCGACGAGUGGUCAGAGUGCAACGCUACUUGCGGUGGAGGUUAUCAAUAUCGCCAAGUAACAUGUCGGUCUCGUGAGGACUUGAACGUAGUUGACGAAAACCUAUGCGAUGUGAACUUCAGGCCCGCGUACAACCAGAGUUGUAACACUGACGCGUGCCCCCCUACUUGGGUAACUGAACCGUGGGGGGAGUGCUCUAAGCCUUGCGGACAAGGGGGCUCAAAAUCCAGGGAGGUCUACUGUGAGAAGAUCAUCACUAACGGAGUAACAUUCCGAUUCAAAUCAAAAGUAGGUGACAAGGAAUGCUUUGAUGUUUUGGGACCGAAGCCCGAGGCUGUUCAGGACUGCAACCAAAACGCUACGUGCCCGACAUGGUUCACUGGACCCUGGUCACAUUGCGACAAACUAUGCGAUGCGGGCAAGCAAACUCGACAAGUGGUUUGUCAUCAGAAGAUUGACGGUCGUGUUGAGGUGUACCAGGAUUCGGAAUGCGCUGAGGAAAAGCCGCCAACCGAGCAGAAGUGCCUGCUGCACCCUUGCGAGGGGGUCGACUGGGUGUUCAGCGAAUGGUCAGGUUGCGAUUCAUGCUUGUCAACGGUUCGUACGCGAGUUGCCCACUGCACCACAAAGAACCACGAAGUUGUAGACCCAAGCUUGUGUGCGUACCAUCCUACGCCAGUGCUACAAGAGCCGUGCGAUCCUUCGAAACUACCUCCCUGCCAGAUGCUGUGGUACGCUUCGCAAUGGGGCGAUUGCUCAGUUAAAUGUGGAAAAGGCGUCCAAACUCGAGAUGUGUUUUGUGGAAGCUUUGACGGAACUUAUGUCACUAAAAUAGAUGACAGUAAAUGCGACACUGCAACUAAAUUUAAGACUGAAAAGGAAUGCGAAGUGCCUGUUGACAAGUGCCCUUAUAUUUGGUUUGCUAGCGCGUGGUCAGAAUGCUCCAAACCUUGUGGUGGAGGCGACCAGAACAGGACGGUGAUGUGUCUGAAUGGUAAUAAAGAGUCGCUUGAUUGCCUCGGGGACGGAUUACUGGACUUGACACAAUCCUGUAAUGAAGGACCGUGCGACAUAGAUGAAACAAUGCCUAUGAAUUCAAAGUCUACACCUGUCACUGAAGACUACGAUUAUGAAGAAUGCGAAGAUGAAGAAGAGUUUCCCGAUGAAAGCGCUGAAGAAUUUUCAUAUUUCCCGGAUGAUAUUCUAGAUGAUUAUGAAUCUACAACUGCAGAAGGCAGUGGCGGAUCCACUGACAUUUCUCUUCCAUCAGAUACUACGGAUACAGUUCAACCAGGUACUACAGAAUUUCUUGAAUAUUAUGAUGAGACGUCGGAGACUGGUUCUAGUAAAUCAACAGAUUUAUUUACAACUGAAUCUACUGAAACAACAGAAACGGAUAUAGUUGAUACUACAGUUACUAGUUCAGAUUCAAGUGAUGCUAGCAAAAUUACGGAAUCAGAAAGUACAACUGGUACAAGCACAUCGGAUUUGACUGAAUCUUCAGAUAUUAGUACAAUGGAGACUACAGAACUCAGUGUAACUGAAUCUAGCUCAACAGACUCCUCAGAAUCUAAUGCGACUGGCACUAGUGAGUCUGAUCUAUCAACAAUAACCACAGAACUUGGUACGUCAGAAACUACCACAGAGAAUUAUGGAAGUAGCACAGCUGGAACUUCAGAGACAGAUACUUCCUUAUCUGGAGCCACAGAUACCACAGAAAAUACUUCUAUUACUAAUGAAUCAAGUACUACAGAAAGCACAGAUGGUAUAACAGGUACUAGUGUAUCAACUGAAAUCUCAGAAGCUGGUACAACUGAGACUAGUGUGGCUAGUUCUACUGAGACUACUGAAACUGGUUUAACGGAUACGACUGAGUUAACUUCAAUAGGAUCUAGUGAGUCAGGUCCUACAGAAAGUACCACAGAAGGUACAACAGGUACUAGUGAAUCUAGUUCACCCGAGUCUUCAGUAUCUAGCACAACUGAGAUAAGUGAGGCAAGUACUACCGAAAUUACAGACUCAAGUACAACUCAGUCUGGUUCAACAGAAACUGCAAGUGGUUCGAGUUCAACCGAAGCUUUGAGUACAACAGAGACCAGUGAAGGUAGUACAUCAGAAACCAGUGAAGGAAGUACAAUAGAGACCAGUGAAGGAAGUACAACAGAGAUCAGUGAAGGUAGUACGACAGAGACCAGUGAAGGUAGUACGACAGAGACCAGUGAAGGUAGUACGAUAGAGACCAGUGAAGGUAGUACGACAGAGACCAGUGAAGGUAGUACGACAGAGACCAGUGAAGGUAGUACGAUAGAGACCAGUGAAGGUAGUACGAUAGAGACCAGUGCAGGUAGUACAACAGAGACCAGUGAAGGUACAACAGAUACAACUGAACCUUUAGAAAGUACUUCAGAAUCAAGCACUAGUGAAUCCUCAUUAACUGAAACACCCGAAUCUAGCACAUUGAGUACUACUGAACUAAGUUCUACCGAUACAACGGAAUCCAGUACAACUCAGUCUAUUGAUCUUAGUACAACGUCUACUGAACCUGAAACAACUGAAUCCACUGAACAGACAUUAUCCACAACUGAAUCCAGUUUGACAGAGUCGACAAUAACCGGCAGUACAGACACUUCAGAAGCCGAGACUAGCACAUCUGGAUCGACUGAAAAAACGCCUUGGAUAUGGACCAGUGUGAAACCGAAAAGACCACAAUGUAAACCAAGAAAGAUCGCUAAAUGUAUUAAGAGUAAAUUUGGUUGUUGUCCUGACAAAAGAACACGCGCUAAGGGUCCAUUCGAUGAAGGUUGUCCGAAUCCAAAAACUUGCAAGAAAUCUGAAUUCGGGUGCUGUCCCGAUGGCGUGUCGCCAGCCAAAGGUCUCCACAGCGCGGGUUGCGAUACAACGCCGUGCAACCAAACUCUGUAUGGAUGCUGCAAGUCCGACGGCAAAACAGCUGCAGAAGGCAACGACGAAGAAGGUUGCCCUCCACCCUGCAAAUCCUCUAAAUACGGUUGUUGCAAAGACCAAAAUACCGAAGCUAAGGGCCCUGAAAAACAAGGUUGUCCGGAAACAGAAACGACUACAACUGAAAAAGCAACGCCUGCAUCGACGCCUGAACCAGCGAUUGCACCGACAACAACGAGAAUCGAAAGUUGUGACACGACGGAGUUUGGUUGUUGCUACGACAAUGAAACCGAUGCCUCUGGGCCCAACGGCGAAGGUUGUCCGUGCAGUAUUACUGAAUUUGGUUGCUGUCCUGAUGGUAUUACAACAGCGAAUGGUGUCAACCUGGAAGGUUGCAUAAUGUCUUGUAAUACGUCUGCGUAUGGCUGCUGCCCUGACAAUGAAACGCCAGCUCACGGGCCGGAGUACGAAGGUUGCUGCUUGCAAUACGAGUUUGGCUGUUGUCCUGAUAACUACAAACCAGCUGAGGGUCCACAUCUUGAAGGUUGCGGUUGCCACUCAGCGCACUUCGGCUGUUGUCCGGACAACAAGACCAUAGCCCACGGGCCGAACAAUGAGGGCUGCGGUUGCCAAUACUCGCAGUUCGGUUGCUGUCCAGAUAGGCGCACAGAAGCGCAGGGCCCAGAAUACAGAGGAUGCGCGUGUCAUACAUAUCAAUUCGGCUGCUGCCCUGAUGGCGUAACAACACCUACCGGACCUGGCUACCAGGGCUGCAUAUGCCAGCAUACCAAGUAUGGAUGUUGUGGAGAUGAAGUGACUGCUGCUAAAGGACCUGACGGCGAAGGAUGCGAUUGUUCCAAUAGCAAAUUCGGCUGUUGUCCUGAUGGAGUAACUCCAUCCCAAGGCGAGAAAUUCCUUAAUUGCUCUGAUAUACCAGAGAAUAAGCAAGCGGCUUGCGCCUUGCCUCAAGACAAAGGCUCAUGUGGAAACUUCUCCGUAUACUGGUUCUAUGAUAUAUCUUACGGAGGUUGCGUGAGGUUCUGGUACGGCGGUUGUGAAGGAAAUGGCAACAGAUUCCUUACCCAGGAGGAGUGUGAAGAUGUUUGUGUACACCCACCACCAAAAGAAUCUUGCGAUCUACCCAAGGUAAAAGGAAUUUGCGAGGGCUACAAUAUUCGCUGGUACUAUGACGGAAGUCGGGAGCAAUGCUCUCAGUUCGUGUACGGAGGCUGUCUGGGCAACAACAAUAACUUCGACUCUAGGGAGAUAUGCCAAGAACGUUGCGAGCCGGAAAAAACUGAAGACCAAUGCAACUUACCAAUCGAGCAAGGGUCCUGUGCCGGUAACUUCGCCCGGUGGGGCUUCAACGCGGAACGUCGCCGCUGUGAGCAGUUCAUCUGGGGCGGCUGCGAGGGCAACCCCAACCGCUUCGGCUCUGAAGCUGCCUGCUUGCAACGCUGCAACCCGCCCGGAGCCCCGAUACAGGCGUGUUCACUACCACAAGACAAGGGCAACUGCACUGAGAAGCAUCCCGCCUGGUCCUUCAGUCCUACAGAGAAUCGCUGCAUGCCUUUCUAUUUCACUGGAUGCGGUGGAAACGAGAAUCGCUUUGACAGUGAGCAGGCUUGCAACAAGGCCUGUCCGAGUGCAUAUGUCCAAGAAAUGUGCACGCUACCGGCGGUGACCGGCGAAUGUGCAGACUAUUCCCGACGAUGGUACUACGAUACAACGCAUAGGAGAUGUCGAGAGUUCUACUUCGGCGGAUGCGGCGGUAACGAAAAUAACUUCUUGUCGGAGUUUGAAUGCGAAAACCGCUGCAUGGAGCAAGUGACCACGACCCCAGCGCCCCAGCCUCCUCCGCAACCUGCGACUGAACCCACAGCCGCGCCCGCGACACCGAUCCCAGCCGAAAAUGAUUUCUGUUUGGAGGAAAUAGAUUCCGGGCCAUGCACGGAUCUGGUAGAUCGUUGGGCGUACGACUCUGCACAACGCACCUGCAUCCAGUUCCGGUACGGUGGUUGUGCCGGCAACAGGAAUAACUUCCCUACGCUGGAGCACUGCCAGGCAUUCUGCCCACCUCCGCAAGUAGAUAUAUGUCAUUUGCCGAUGGUGUCGGGUCCGUGCGACGCAUCACUGAUGCGCUGGUUCUACGACGCGGCGGCCGAUGCCUGCAGCCAGUUCACUUACAGCGGAUGUGAAGGAAACGAAAAUCGGUUUGACACGCUGGAGAGUUGUGAACGACAAUGCAGAGUUGGACCCGUGGUCACUACGACAUCUACUAGCACCAUAGCACCGGAAUACAUCCCACCGGAGUGUCGCGUGACGCCCACACUAGAGGAGUGCAGCGUGGCGGGCGAGGUGUGGUACCUGGACGUGCAGCAACGUGCCUGUGUAGCCCACACCAACCCCUACUCCGGCCUCGCCUGCAGGAACACAGGCGUCUAUCCGUCCCAGGAGGCCUGCGAGCGCUCCUGCGGUGCUUUCCGGGACUUAGACGUAUGCCUGUAUCAAGUGGACUCUGGUCCAUGCCUCGACUCAAUCCCCAAGGUGUACUUCGACUACGCGACGGGUCGCUGCGAACAAUUUUCAUACGGAGGCUGCCACGGUGGACCCAAUCGCUUCUCAUCCGUGCAAGAGUGCGAGCAAGUGUGCAGACCAGCUGUCAUUGAUCCUUGCGAACAAACGCCAGCACGUGGCGAUUGCGGCAAUGAUGUGUACAUGUGGUACUAUGACGGCAGAAGAGACGAAUGCGGGCAGUUCAUCUACAGCGGCUGCAACGGCAACGAUAACAGGUUUGGCACACGCGACGAAUGUGAAUACCGAUGCAAGAAGUCAACAACGACUGUGGGUAUCAGUUUCCUCAGCACUUCUACACCCACCACAACGAGUACAAUUAGACCGUCGACCACACUGUCACUAUUUGAUCCUUUGGAGAAUCGCUUCAGUGAACCAGAGUGUAUAACCCCGGAAUCAGUAGAGCCUUGCGGCAGCAACGUCACGGUGUAUUAUUACGACACAAGGACUCAGGCUUGUUUGGUUGGUGACUUCGGUGGAUGCCGGCAUCCAAACAGCUACCAAACUGAAGAAGAGUGUGAAAGAAGAUGUGGGGCAUUCAAAGGAGUCGACGUUUGCGCUGCCAGUCUCGACCCAGGCCCAUGUCUGUCCACAAUCACCAAAUUCUACUGGGACGCAAUAUCGGGCCGCUGUUUAUCCUUUGCAUAUGGAGGCUGCCACGGUGGACCGAAUCGUUUCUCAACUCAGGAGGAAUGUGAAAAUGUUUGCGGUGCAACCGGACCAGAACCGGCGUGCCUGCAGCCGGUGUCGACGGGAGAGCCAGGCUGCGGGGUGCCGUCCCGCCGCUGGUACUACCACAGCGUGUACGGGGAGUGCCUCGCCUUCGUCUACAACGGCUGCGGCGGCACCGACAACAACUUCCCCUCCUACGACACGUGCGCUGUCGCUUGCAGGAGACAGAGUCCCUCUGUGGAGAACGAGGUGACGUGCGACGCGUACGCGGCUGAGUGCGCCUCGCUGCGCUGCGAGUACGGCAUGCAGCGCACGCGCGCAGCCGGCGGCUGCGAGCGCUGCGUGUGCGUGCCCGUGGACGUGGACUGCGAGCCGCUGCGCCAGGAGUGCGCCGCGCUCAAGUGCAACUACGGCGUCGACAGGAGCACCGGCGACGAUGGCUGCGAGAGAUGCCGUUGCAUUGAGCACCCGUGUCUCCAGACUAACUGCAAGGACGACGAGCGAUGCGUGAUCACCCCAUACAAGAACGCGAUCACGUACGACGACAUUCGAUACUCAGCCGAGUGCAGAAUCGUGAACAAGACGGGCACAUGCCCCCCGAGAGUGGACUACUACACGACCGAGGCCCACUGCCGCACCGAGUGCAAUGACGACGCGGACUGCGUGGGCGUGGGCAAGUGCUGCGAGCGCGGCUGCAGCAAACUCUGCCUCGAGCCUGCCUCCCUGGUACUUUCCAGCCCUCCGCCACAUACUACAUUUUCACCUGAUUUGCCGCAUGCACCACGACCGACCGAUGACAGAGAGCCAGAAGUGCGCGCACAAGAGGGCGGCAAAGCCACCCUACGUUGCUUCUUGCAUGGAAACCCGCCGCCCAAGAUCACAUGGCGGUACGGCGAGAUCACGAUCGAGGGCGACGUAGGACGGUACAGACUGCUGUCCGACGGAGCGCUGGAGAUCGUCUCUCUGUAUCGCAACGACACCGGCGUCUACAUCUGCGUGGCGGACAACGGACUCGGCGUAGCCACGCAGGAAAUCCGCCUCGAAGUGAUGGAUCCUGUGGAAGGGCCGGCUGGUAUCUCCGGGACACCCAACGCCGUGGUGGUGGGCGAAUUGGGCCAUUCGCUCAGCGUACGCUGCCUCGCGUACGGCUACCCGCAGCCAGCCAUUUACUGGUACCGGGGUCAAAACGGCCCCAUGGUGCCGUACAGCAGUUCCCUCUACGAGGCCAGAGGCAACGUACUGCAAAUACGAAAACUUAUGCCUGAAACGCUCGGGGAAUAUAUUUGCCAAGCGUACAAUGGAUACGGUCAGCCGGCGGACUGGGCGUUUGUGGUACAAGCGAACAAACCUGAAGAACCCGAGGAUUACUACGUAGUCUCACGUCAGACCGAACGGUCGGUGAUUGAGGCGCAGUAUCAACCCUCUACUGCACCGACCACCGCACGCACUACGGAAAUAGAUAUCCCAUAUUCCGUGCCUGUCAGGACUCGUAUCGUGGCGGACCGGACCACACUGUCGGCCGGCUCGGAGAUCAGCCUGCCAUGCGACGUGGACGGCUUCCCUGUGCCCGAGGUGUACUGGACCAAGGACGGCGUUCAGAUCCAACGGCAGCAAGCGGGCGAUAGAAUCUAUGUGACAGAUGCUCGGCUAACGAUUUAUCGGGCGAACAUCAACGACAGCGGAGUGUACGGCUGUCACGCCAACAACGGGUACACCUCGGACUACUCCACAGUGCAGAUCAGUGUAGAAGGUCUAUACAUCCCGCCGACUUGCAAGGACAGUCCGUAUUUCGCUAACUGCAAUCUGAUCGUUAGGAGCAAGUUCUGCCAUCACAAGUAUUAUUCCACGUUCUGCUGCAAGUCUUGCGUGGAGGCCGGCCAGCUGGGCCCCAACGAGUUGCAGAUGCAGGCAGACACCGCGUGGCGGAGGAAAUAGACGACAUUUCGAAACCGACACCAAUGCAAAUCAUAAAAUUACUAAUUUAUAAGAAAGUAUAGUAUGCACCAAUCUUCUAGUGGGCUAUUUGUAACACACCGAAUUGCGCAUGUUAUAACUAGGCUGGGCUAUGUUUUUGUAUACUGCGCAACCAUUCGCCUUGUGUUCAGAGUGAACUCAAAGUUUAGCAUAUACCGUAUGUAUGUACUGCGUAAUUUAUUCGACAUUAUGGAAUAUGCGUGUUAUCUGAAAACAGGCCAGGAUAUUUUUUUUUCAUUACUCACUCGGGUAAAUACCAAUUUACCCGUACAACAUUAAUAAACUUUGAUCUGCAAAGUCAUUAAAAUGCCCUGGAAAUUUAAUAAUACCUUCUAUUUUUUUUUUAAUAUCUGUUGAUGAUACUCAUAAAUAUGUUCGUCUUUUGUUAAACAAUUUUAGAUUAAGUAAGAUAAUUUGUUUUGUAGUAGAUUUGAAAUUUUUGGUGCCAUAUGUUUUUCAGGCUUGCAAUGUACCUAUUUAAUUUUUUUUUUAUUAGAACUGUCACGAAACCUAGUAGUUAGUCUAAGUAUGGGGUGACUACUGAUUACUUGAUGGCUGCAUGCAGCGGUGCCUACUUUACUCUUAGCUAGAAUAAUGUAAAUAAAUAAAUAUUGUCACAAAUAGUUCCAUCUGUGAUGGAUAUUAAUAAUAACAAGCUGCGUACCUAUUGUUACUAACAGACAACAGCACAAACUUUCUUGCUCAAAACUUUGUGCUUUUUAAAAUAUCACACGAAAUCUAACGUUGUGAAACGUCUUAAAAAUAUUAUGUAUUAUUUAAAAUGGCUUAUUAUUGAAUUAUUUCACAAACUAAUUCUUAGUUUUAAUUUAAAUUGCACAUUUGUGACAUACACGAAUUAGCCAAUUAGCCAAAACUAUGCAAAAUUAAAAAAAAAGUAGUACCUAAUCUGCAUAAUCUUAAAAUAAGAAAUCUUGAGAAGUACAAAGUACGGGUAGUUGAAAUACUACCCACGGACUUGUAGUCCAUGUACUUGCAUAACAAAAAUAAAUUACAUUUGAGAAGUUUCAGAAUCGCGAAGUUUGUGUGUGUGUUAGAAUAAAGAUUUAGACACGCAGCUUUAGAUAGAUAUUAAAUAAUUUUCUAGUUCACGUCUUAUAGAGGCUUGUCGUUAAAUACUCAUGUAAUAUUUUUCAAUAGUUUCCAUUUUAUGAACUGUUAUAAUAAUUAUGUUGAUUCGUUUUACUCCUGUCACUAAGGACGUAGUCCAGUUUCCUGUGAUCGUGUUGAAAAGGUAAAAAUAAUUAUUAACAUAUAAACGUAAUCUCCUUUUUAAUAAAUUAUAAAAUACCCUUUUAAAUCGGCAGCCUACCUCUACGCCCGUUAAAUAAUAAUAAAAAAAAAAAAAAGUUUAACUAGACUUAGACUUUGUAUUGUUGUAUUCUGUGCUAGAUUAAAAAUGAAUAGAAAUAAAAUGUCACUUUUAAACUAAAAUGGAAUCUUACUGUACUAUUUGAGCAAUAAUACUAAUUAAUUAGUUUUACGACAUGAGUAAUUAUGUGAGUCAUUAUAAUUAGUAAAUACAUACUUAUGUGAAUUUUAAAUGGACCAUGUAAAUAUAAAAUAAAGUUAAGAGAUAAUUAUUGUA